AUGACCUGGAUGAAUGAAAAUCUUCAUAGACAUAUUGCCAUUCAUUUUGGAGAGAAUACUCUAAAACUGGUUCGGGAAUAUGAAAGAACAGCAAGAAAACUCGCAGACUAUCGGAACCAUCUACGCUUCAAUCUCAGAUGCAGACAUCAGGGACUCACUCCUUGUAGCCUACGCCUGGGUUCCACCGUAAAAGGUCACAGAGCCAGCAAUAUCUUACAGAAGGCCCAAAAACAUCUACUAAAUGAACGGGUUAGACAGAUCAACUUCACCAUUGAGGCCCUUAAACAGAAAAUUGAACAACUGAAACAGACUCUGACAAAACAGCUACCUGAUGUAACUCUGGAAAGGGUGGUUCAGUUCAUUGAACAUGCACAGAUGGCCCAACACAUUAAGAGUAAGGAGAGGCAAAUAAGCAAGUUCACCAGCUUACUGUCACGUAGCAGCGGUUUGAGGACAGAAGAACUAACCUGGAGGCAGAAAGAUGAGACAUCCAAGAACACCAAAGAUACAUGGGUUAAGAACCUAUCAGACAGGGUACUUACUCAGCCAGAAAAGGACGUGCUAGCCAAGGGGUUAAACUAUGCAGUGACACCACAACACAUCCCAGUGGUUGAGCUCAUCACAGCCACAGAAUCUGCCAUCAAUAACAACCAUAUAAAGGUGGAGGAAGCAGAACAACUCAGACUAAAAGUGUCAGCUGCAUUGUCAAGUGCCAGAGCACCCCCCUCUAACCUUACUACACAAGAGAGGAGAGCUCUCACAUCUCUCAGUAAGGACCCGAACAUCACCAUCCUGCCAGCAGAUAAAGAGCGAUGCACAGUUGUGCUAAACACAACUGACUAUCACUGCAAAAUGACCUCGCUACUCAGUGAUAGCAAUACAUAUGAACCUUUAAGGAGAGACCCAAGCAGCAGUUACAAGAAAAAGAUGAUAGAUUGCCUACAACAACUUGAAAAGGAGGAAGCCAUUGAUCGAGCUUUAUACCACCGCCUGUACCCCAGAGAAGCUACACCAUGCUUAUAUGGACUCCCCAAGAUACAUAAAGAUGGAGCACCACUCAGGCCUAUUGUCAGCAGCAUCAAUUCAGUGACUUACAGCAUUGCAAAAUACUUGGCCAACAUCUUAGCCCCAUUGGUAGGUAAAACAGUGCAUCAUAUCCAAAAUGCCAAAGAGUUUGUCACCAAGAUUCAAGGAGUCAAACUAGAGGCAGAAGAAACUAUGGUAUCAUAUGAUGUCACUUCACUGUUCACAUGUAUACCUACCACAGAGGCUACUGAGACUGUAAGAAAUCGACUGCAGAAAGAUGACACCCUCAGCAGCAGAACGAAACUCAGUCCCAACCAAGUAUGUUUAUUGUUAGAUUUGUGCCUGAACACCACAUACUUCAAAUACAAGGACCAAUUUUACAGGCAAAAACAUGGCUGUGCAAUGGGUUCACCAGUUUCUCCCAUUGUAGCAAACUUGUAUAUGGAAGAAGUGGAAAGGAAGGCCCUACUCACAUUCAAUGGAACUACACCAAGUCACUGGUUCAGGUAUGUAGAUGACACAUGGGUUAAAAUCAGAUCCAACGAAGUGGCGGCCUUUUCAGAACACAUUAACUCAGUGGACAACAACAUCAAGUUCACAAGGGAGGAUGUCCAUGAGAACAAACUUGCUUUUUUGGACUGUUUGAUAUCCAUUCAAGAGGGGGGUAUCUUGAAAACAGAAGUAUACAGGAAACCCACUCACACGGAUCAAUAUCUGUUGUUCGAUUCCCACCAUCCGCUGGAACACAAACUGGGUGUCAUUAGAACUCUACACCACAGGGCGGAAAGUGUAACAACUGAUACAGAGUCCAAGGACAAGGAAUGUAAACAUCUCAGAGGAGCACUGAAAGCUUGUGGCUACCCAGACUGGGCCUUUGUCAAAACAAGAGCAACUAAGCCCAACAGGAACACCAAAAGGAAUAACCGUCCUGAGGCAGAGAGAAGGCGCAAUAUAGUCAUCCCCUAUGUAGCAGGAGUGUCGGAGAAACUCAGGAGAAUUUUCAACAAACACCACAUCCCUGUGUUUUUCAAACCUAGCAACACACUGAGACAAAAACUUGUACACCCAAAGGAUCCAACACCAAAGGAAAAACAAAGCAAUGUUGUAUACGCAGUCCAGUGUAGCGAGGAGUGCACAGACCUUUACAUUGGUGAGACAAAGCAACUGCUCUCUAAGCGAAUGGCUCAGCAUAGGAGGGCGAACACUACAGGCCAGGACUCUGCUGUAUUUCUACACCUAAAAGACAAGGGACACUCCUUUGAAAAUAGCAACGUCCAAAUUUUGGACAAAGAAGACCGCUGGUUUGAAAGAGGUGUAAAAGAGGCCAUUCAUGUCAAAGUGGAGAAACCAUCCCUUAACAGAGGCGGGGGACUUCGACACCAUCUGUCUGCUACAUACAAUGCUACAUGCACAUUACAGUGUCAAGGUGAUAUACGGUGUCGGGUGGAAUCGAUGUUCGUGGCAUGGUCGGUGUUUAACCCUUUUGCUGCCAACAGAACCUGCCAGACACUCCGGAGCAAUGUGCCGUAA